AUGUCACCUGCUGCUUCGCCUGAUCAGGGAGGUACCGAGGCUUCGACCUCGACCUUGACCGUUCAGUCGAUGCAGAUACACGAGGAUGUCGAGAUGAGCGAUGCGGCUUUGGUUCAAGAAAGAACGCGACUUUCACCCGUCAAGAUUGAGCAUGAUGAGCUUGGGAUCGCGCUGGAUGGAAGGACAGGCACGAGUCAGAGCCCUAGUGAUGAAGAGGGGGAGCCGGACGAGGAGGAUGGGGAAAGGGAGGGUGAGGUCGAAGCCGAGGAUGCGGUACAAGGCGAGGAUAAAGUGACUGCUCAUCUGCUGCAGGUAUCGCGCAAGGUGAGUCGGAGUUUGUUAGGGUACAGCUGGUUCUUCCGGAGCGAGGCGGUCGCUCACGUGACUUGGGCCGUCCACGACUCUUUCUUUCGUACAUAGAUCCGCAAGCCGCCCCGUAAGAAACGAUGGACGAGCAUCACUCCCGCUCAAAAACGUAAAGACAAGGAGAAACGAUCCGCAGCGGCGGCACAGCAUGCCGCCGCGAUGGGAGGGAGAGGAUCCGGAUCGCUCGAGUCGACUCCGACGGCCUCACCUGGGCCGAGCGAAUGGGGCGAGUUGGAGAGAGAGGAUUCGAAGGAGUUGGGGAUCGGACCUUCCUCGUCUUUGGCAGCGAAUGGGAGACCGGUCUUGUCGAAUGUCAUGGGGAGGUCGGGGCUUGCCGCGACGGGAUCGGGACCCAACUCGCCCUUGCUUGCUUCUGGCUUUCCCUCCUCCAGUCGAGCCCAAGGCCACAUCAUCCCUGACCCUUCCGUCGAAGCAGGACCACCGACGGUCCUGCCUACCACACAGCCUCUCUCGGCACCCUUUGCAGCGUACCAAGCUCCCGGACCGAGGAAUUUUGAUGAGGAAGAAGAUGAGGAGGCUCGAGCGAAUGCUGCAGCGCUCGCGAGGAGGAGGGCCAUGAUGAAGAAUCGCGCUGGGGGCGGAGGAGCCAAUGCCGCUGCCGAGGCGCAAGAAGACGACGAGACCGACGAUCGACUGUACUGCGUGUGCAAGAAGCUGUACGAUGCCGAGGUCAGCCGCCGUGGCCGUUCAUGAGCAGGUGGUCGUUUCCCAGGCCAAGAUGCUGAUCGUUCCGUCCCUUUGACAGAGGACAAUGAUUGCAUGUGACAAGUGAGUGCCGUCCAAGAUGAGCCUAUCCGCUGCACGAUCCUGAACAUCUCUUUUUUCACCCCACAACGCAGAUGCGAGAAUUGGUACCAUCUCGAGUGCGUGCACAUCCCGGACUACAUGGUCGAACUCGUCGAUUGGUUCUUUUGCCCUCCAUGCACCGAAGGUAAGCGAACAAAGGAGGGCAAAGCCCAUCUCGUCAUCAAAGCUAAUACCAGCUAUACUUUUCGUGUAUGUUUCGACCUACAGCGUACGGCAAACACACGACGUGGAAAGCUCGCUGCGCGCGACCGACCUGUCCCCGUGCCGUCGCUCCCUUGUCCAAGUUUUGUUCCGACUUUUGUGGCAUCGAGAUGGCGUCGGUUCGGAUCGAGGCCGCCAAGACGGAUCCGGAGAGGUAUUGGACCUAUGUCGCCGGCGCGAGGAAGAGGUGCGCCCAGGUCUUGCAUGUCGAUUCGCCUGUCCCUGGUGGGGAUCCGACGAUCAUGCCUGAGGAAGAGGACGACCGCGAGGAGGAAUCGUCGAUGAGGGGCAAGAAGUGGAAUUCGGCGCUGGAUGAGGAGAGUCUGCAGCGUCAGAACGAAGAGGAUCGGUUCGUCCGUGCCGAGUUGGACACCAAGUUGGACGAGGUUGAGAGGAGGAGGGAGGUGUUGCUGAGGGAGAAGGGGUUGAUCGAUAAGCGGCUGGUAUACCUCCAGAUCGCCAUCAGCAGAUGGGAAGCUUUGUGUCAAGCAACGGCGGAUGCGUUGGCGCAGGAAGGGAAUGAAGGGAAUGAAGGGAAUAACGACGUGCCUGCGCACCCGCCGACCGGAGACAAACAGGAGGAAGUCUCGACACCCAAUCCGUCGACAACUGACGCGCCAGCACAGUCCAAGAAGAGGAGCAACAAGGGCAAGGGAUCCAAGGCCAACCGACCCAAAAAGCCGAUACUGGCAAUCAACCUUCCCGAAGCACAAUGCGGCUUCGACUCGCGUAUCGUUCUGGACGAUCCCGUCUGGGAAGAGUGGAUCGAAACGGACGAGGCGAGGAAAGUGUUCGAAAAAGUUGAAGCUGAUGCGUUGGCGCGGACGGAAGGAGGGGCGACUACGCCAACGACGGGUGCAUCGCUGAUGGGCCUGGACGAAGAUGAAUUGCAGAACGUGUGCAUGUGGCCGAGGAAAGAGUGCCCGAGACACCAGGCAUGGCAGAAAGUAAGGGAGGCGGAUUUCCAAGUCGAGCGGGCGGUACUGGUCAGUCCGAUUGAAGAUUUUGUUCGUUACCUCCGACGACUAUCCUCAUUCCAGCCUACUUGAAACACGCAGGAGCGCCGCCUCGAUCGACUCGCACUGCAAGAGUCUCGCCUGCGAGCGCAAUCCUCGGACCACGCCGAAGCCGUUGCGUUCCGAUCCUACUGCCGCCAAAACAAGCCCAUUGCCCCGCUCUCCGUCUCGGACCUCGUCGUGACUCCGGUAAAACGCACGUCGUCCAAGAAUCGCCUCGCGCGAUCGCUGGUCACGGGUGAAGACCCCUUCCCCGAGGCGAGUAAGAACCCGUACGAGCUGUUCCCGGGCCUGGAGAGGAUCGAGGAACGGCCAGCGCCUACAGUCUCGAAUGCGAAACAGGGUGGGCAGAAGAAGGACAUUUUUGAGAUCGUGCAGGAUGGUGGGAAGGGAAAGAGGGUCAAGGUCGUUAAGAAGAGGUAA